AUGGAGCUGGUGGUGGGUCCGGAGCACCAGUGCCUAACGCCUUAGAUGAUUAAGAAACUCUCCUUCAUGAAAGCUACUCUGCCUAGCAAUUAUGCUGCAAUAAGUUUGGAAGGAAGGAAUAACAGGAGAGCUGAAACAGAAGAGAUUAUGCAGACUGCUCUCAAUCUGCUCAUCCCGCAGACUGUGUUCAUUCUGGAGGCUGCCCUGAGCCAUGUGCAGCACCUUGAACUUGGCCUUACUGAACCUCAUCUUCCAAUGAUCCUGGAGGUUGGAUAUAGCAUUGCAGAAAGUGGAGAUGUGAAGGUCUAGGAAAAUACAAGUUACAUCUGGACAGGAUGUCAAGAGGGGAUCCAAAAUGAACUUAGAAGUGUUACCACUAUGAAGCCAUCCACACCUCUGGAGCAAGAAGUAAAGAGAAUACAAAGGCUUCGUAUUACUGGCUAGUGCAAUGAUUACUAGCUAAACAUGCUGGGCUGGAGCCCUGAGAAUUUCAUUGCUAUCACUGUAGGGCUUGCUGCACACAUCUGGAACGGAUGAACACUUCAAGCUCUUGAAAACACUGAUUUGAAUUCCACUCUCAGACACAUUUCAUAUCUGGCUUGGAUAAAGGGAAUAUGCCUUGCAGUUCAUACCAGUGAUGGAGAAGUGCAAUUGUGGGACAUUGAAACCAGAAAGAGGCUGAGAAAUAUGUUUGGCCACCUGUCUGUAAUUGGAGAGAAUCUUUGUAUUCUGAGCAGUGAUUCACUGCUAGGAUCUAUCCAUCAACAUGAUGUUCAGGUUGCUCAGCACCGUGUUGGGACUCUUCGUCAAAACAAACAAAGCAUUUGCAGCCUGAGAUUGUCACUAGCCGACCUCUUGUUGGCAGUUGGGUCUAGGGGUGGUAUAUUGAAUAUCUGGCCUGGUGUGAAGUUGCAGUCACAGACACUGAAAACCAUACUUCCUUUAUUAGCAGUUAAACUAUAUGAAGAAGCUACGACCUGGUGUCUUUGGCAGUCAAAAGUCCUUGCUACAGGAGGUGGAAUGAAAGAUGGGAUUUUGUGUGUCUGGCACAUGAAUUGUGAGAAAAUCAGCCAAAGUGCAAUUACAGAUUCACAGAGUUCUUCUUUGCUCUGGUUACCCAGUAAAUUGAUGAUGGGGCAAGGCCUUCCUAGAAAUCAGAUGAAAAUACGGAAGUAUCCCAUGCUUGUCAACUCAUUAGAACUCUAUGACAAAUCUUUCACUCAUGAAGGGAGAGUCUUGCAUAUAACCCUGAGCUCAGAUCAGAGUAGGCUCAUUUUUGCUGCAGUGGAUGGGAUGUCUUGUCUGUGA